AUGCCUCCUAGGCAGCCUUGCAGACAAUGUGGGAGAUAUCAUAUAGGUGCGUUUCGCAUGGGAACAGAUGUUUGUUAUUGGUGUGGUAUGCCAGGGCAUGUAAUAAAAGAUUGCCCAAGAAGACGCAGGGGUGAUAUAGCACAACCUACUGGAUCAGCUGUUGCAUCAUCAUCAUCAGUGCCUCCAUCAGGUAGAGGUGAGCAAUUUCCUAUAGGUCGCGGCAGAGGUAUUAGAGGGGCAGCUAGUUCCAGCGUGGCCCCAAAUCGCACAUAUGCUCUAGGGACUCGACAGAACCUGGAAGCUUCACCCGAUGUGGUUAUAGGUACAUUGUCCAUCUUCUCACAUAAAGCGUAUGCAUUAAUUGACCCUGGUUCUACAUUGUCAUAUAUUACUCCAUUAGUUGCUGGGAAGCUUGGUAGAACACCUAAUUUAUUGAAUCAACCACUUGCGGUGUCUACACCAACUGGGGAGUCAAUUAUAGCUAGAAGAGUCUAUUGUGACUGCAUAGUGACUAUCUGCGACCGAGAUACAUUAGCUGAUCUUAUCGAGUUAGAAAUGGGAUAUAUAUGUCAUCUCAUUAGAGUGAGAGACGUGGAGGCAGAAUCACCAACUAUCAAGUCUGUUCCAAUAGUGAAUGAAUUUAUUGAUGUCUUUCCUGAGGAACUCCCUGGUUUGCCUCCAGAACGAGAAAUAGAUUUUGGUAUUGACUUAUUACCAGGCACUGAGCCUAUCUCUAUCCCUCCAUAUAGAAUGGCCCCGGCAGAAUUACGGAAAGCAAAUGUGGUGGCUGAUGCUCUAAGUCGUAAGACACUCAUGGGUACCAGUGAUCAGAAAGGGGUAAAGCAAGGCAUGGCUAAGGAUCUGCGUCAACUAGCCAAUCUGGGUGUUCGUCUACUUGAAACUCCAAGGAAGGAUAUUAUUGUACAUAAUGCUACCAAUUCUUCAUUGAUAAGGGAAGUGAAAGAAAAACAGUGUUAUUAUCCUAUUCUACAAUGCCUUAAGGAGAAAGUAAGUCAGGGUAUAAUGAAGGACUUUAGGCUUACACAAGAUGGAGUACUUUAUUGCCAAAAUAGAUUGUGUGUGCCUGAUGUUAAUAGACUUAGAAGGAGAAUAAUGGAAGAAGCCCAUCAUUCAAGAUAUUCCAUCCACCCAGGAUCUACUAAGAUGUAUCAUGACCUAAAGGGAGUGUUUUGGUGGGGAGGCAUGAAAAAGGACCUUGCAGAGUUUGUGGCUCAAUGUCCUACUUGUCAACAAGUCAAAGUAGAGCACCAAAAGCCAGUUAAUAAGUUUUACUCCAUAUGGGUGAUAGUUGAUAGACUCACGAAAUCAGCGCACUUCCUGCCAGUAAGAAGUGAUUAUACAGCUGAAGAAUAUGCCAAAUUAUACCUCAAAGAGAUAGUUAGGCUACAUGGGGUCCCACUCUCUAUUAUAUCUGAUCGAGGAGCUCAAUUCACGGCAAAAUUUUGGAAGUCCUUUCAAAAGAGUUUAGGGACGCGAGUGAAUUUGAGUACAGACUUCCAUCCCCAAACAGACGGCCAAGCAGAGCGUACUAUUCAAACACUUGAGGAUAUGUUGCGAACCUGUGCAUUAGAUUUUAAAGGUGACCCCUCUCGUAUCACUCCUAUAGAAGAUGUACAGUUCACAGAGGAUCUUACUUAUGAAGAGGUACCGGUUGCUAUUCUAGAUCACCAAGUUAAAAAGUUAAGGAACAAAGAAAUGGCAUCAGUAAAGGUACUCUGGAGAAACAACCAAGUAGAAGAGAUAACGUGGGAACCGGAGGAAGUAAUGAUAUCCAAAUACCCUCAUCUAUUUGAAGACAAGAAGGGACCAAAAGAUACAGAGGAGGAACAUUAA